AUGCCGUACACGACCGACACGCGCGAACGCAAACUCUCUCUGGCGUCGUUCUUGAACCCGAAACACUUUUAUGGCGAAUAUAUGCGCAUGCACGCGUCGAAACGGGCGGCACACGCGCAGACGGCCAGUUUGCCACAUUCGCAUCAUCUUCAGCAACAGCUCCAGCUCCAGCACCAGCCGCCGCCGCCGCCACUGCCACAGCAGACGGUGCCUUCGAGGCACUCUAAUGCUGCGUCGGCGUUUGGAGACUUUGGAGGGUUGAGGAGGAGGAGGAGUACGGGUGGAGGUACGAAGGUGCGCAGUGGGAAGGAGAAGGGGAAGGGAGAGAAGGAGAAGGAUAGGGAUAGGGAUGCCGGCGUUGCCUCGUCUUCUUCGACUGGGUCAGCGUCGGCCACGACGAAGGAGGCAAAGGAGCGCUCUCGCUUGUCAGGGCUCGGUAUUUCGUCCUCGAGUGUGGUGUACAGCACGAGCAUCGGCUCUGGGAAUAGUAUCAGCUCAGAUCAUAAUGGGCUGCACACUCCAACGUCGCCCGUUGCGUCGACGUCCUCGACGCAUCUGGGCAUGGGCAGCAGCAGUACCUCUGGAGCGUCGGGAGGAGGAGGAGGAGAAGCGGGGCGACAUGGUAAUAAUGCUAGUAGCACGAGUAUCCCGUCUGCAAUUGCCGCAUCGUCGUCCUCCGCGUCGUCCUCUCAUCACAACGCACACGCUCAGCCACACCCGCACGCACACCCGCACCCGCACUCGCAGACGGCCGGCUCGAGCUCGGGCGACCCGCGGUUCUCGACGGCGGACCGCACGGUGCUGGCGGGGAUUAGGGAGGGCCAGCAGGCGAUGGAGCGGCAGUUUGUGAUCAAGGGUGUAGGGCACAAUGUGAUUGGAGGCGGACGCUCCGCGGGGAAACGGUACCAUCCGUUCUCGAGGAGGGAGGUACCGUAUCCUAGAAGCUACGAUCGUGAAGUUGUGGAUUUUCUUGAAAUAGGCUGCGGCCUUGAUAUCGUGCCUCUGCAUCCCAAUCUUCAAAAUUUAGGUUCAUCUGAUCUGGCGUCAAGAAUCACAUGGGUACAGCAUAACUUUUUGGAAACCUUGCCGUUCCAGGAUGAGGAAUUCGAUUUUGUGCAUAUUAAACGGAUUGCUUUGGGUGUUCCGGAGGAUAGAUGGGAUAAAUUCUUCGAGGAGAUUCAGAGGGUGAUGAAGCCUGGUGGUGCUUUCGAGAUGGUUGAAGAAGACUUAUUCUUCCCUGGAAGUAAACCUCUCGACGAAGAUGACGUUUCGGUUGCUUCAUUACAUGGUGGAGACGACGCCUCGUCCGUGACAAGACGAGACAGUGUAUCGUCUGACGAGCAUCGAACGCUGAACGGGUUCGAUGGACCUGAGAGACUCCCCCGUGUUUCUGAGGGGGAUUCUCCAGUGACACCAACAUCGGCCCUUGUCGCCCCUUCUUCGCAGUUACCUUUGCAUGUACCUUCGCGGCCGUCGACGCCCACGCGUAAUCAGCAGCAUGGAUCUGGCGAUGCAAAAGAGGUAGCGGAUGCCCAGGCACUGGCGCCACCGUCGCCCCCGCGAGACUCUCAGCCCGAAGUCGUCCGUUUGGUUACUCCUCAUUCAAGGUCUCUUGUUCGCCCACCGCUAUCCGUGAAGACCCACAAGACGCAGGCUGCUGCUGCUUCUGCUUCUGCUGCUGAUGCCGCCGCCGCCGCCGCUGCCCCUCCGGCCUAUUAUGGAUCGUCUCUUGGAGGAAUGGGGUAUGUCACAUCGCAAGACCCUGCUGUGGACUUUAUCAAGGACCAGCGGCGGGCUGCGGCUCAGGCAGCUAGAAAGCAGGCUAUUGAGAGUUCUCCUCCGCCACCUCAGCCCAAGCCGAAACCUCCGACUUUGUUGACCAAAGAUGUGACGCCACCGCCAGCCAACCCGCGCGAUCAUACUAUGCUGGAAGCCAUUUGGAAUGGCAUGCUCGAGUCGAGGUUUGUCAACACGACGCCGCUUUCGUUGUUGACGACAUAUUUGGAGUACCAUUUCAAGGAUGUCAGAACUCACCCACCUUUGUUGUAUACCUUCCCGCCUUUGCCGGAUAAGCCUGAUGAUGAGGACGAAGACGAGGCACAGACACCCCACCAACUGCCGUCAGAUUCAGAGACGGAUAUGGACGACUCUCGGGAUUCAAGCGUACCAAAGCCUAGCAAGGCUCGCUCCACCAAGUCUCGUAAAUCUGUCAACUCGAAUAAUACGGCACAUCCGGAAGAUAUUAAUCUGGAAGCGCUGUAUGCAAAGCAGUCCCCUUAUGUGACGUUGGACGGAUCGCGCAGCUUUGCUUUCUCUCCAGCGAUGCGUGCCGCAUUCACCCCGGUGAAAGAGGGCCAGCAGCCACCGCUCCGUCGGAUGUCAAGGCUUCCUAAUCCUGUGCUCAAUAUUGAUUUGAGAACAUUAAAUCUUCACCUUCAUCUGCGAGCGAGGGAGAUCAUUGCGUGUUCGGAGUCGAUGUGGGAGUGGGUGUUGGAACGCCAGGCGGCUGCGGAGAAAGAGGCCGCCCAAGCAGGUCGAUUCCGCUCAGGAUCGGCUUCGAUUGAGGAGUACAUGGUGGGAGUUCAGGCUACGGCUAGCAAUAGCUCGGUCAACUUGACACAGAGUGCCAUUUUGGAGAUGACAAGAGAUGACUUUGACCACCUCCUUGUUAACUUUGAGAUGGAUAUGCAUGACAAGGCUUCUGUUAGCCAUGCACUGGAAGAACGCUUUAAUUGGAAUGUGUUUAGAUCACCUAUCCUCCAAGACCGGAAGGCGUUUGAUAAUGCGUGCGAGAAGUACGACAAGCACAUUGCGAAGCAGAAAAGAGACCAGAUGGCCACCAAUCCAUAUAGACAAUCUAACAGUCAUCGAUCGAGGAACUCCAUGUCGACGCCGGGCCUUGUCCAGCCAAUGUCUGAGCUUUUGAACGCCAAUGACCUCAACAUGAUAGCAAGGUCUACGAGUAGCCCACAGCCUUCUAGCGGAGACCGUUCUCUGGACGACACGAGCUCAAUAGCGACAGCCAUAGUGUCAAAUACUCGACAGGAUAGCAAUUCAUCACAUACCCACCUCGGUUCAUCUUCUACGUCACAGCUUUCGGAAGCGAGACCUCCUCAAAUGCUCAGCCGCGCGAUGCGUGUCUUUGUCGCGUGGAAGGCCUCAUAA